AUGCGGGUGAAAGAGCCAUCCAGUGCUUUACCUGAGAAAUCCAAAAGAAGUAAAAGGCCUACUGUACCUCAUGAUGAAGACUCUUCAGAUGAUGUUGCUGUCGGUUUAACAUGCCAACAUGUAAGUCAUGCUAUCAAUGUGAGUAAUGUGAAGAAAGCAGUAGCUGAGAAUCUGUGGUCAGUUUGUUCAGAAUGUUUAAAAGAAAGAAGAUUAUAUGAUGGACAGCCAGUACUUCCUUCUGAUACUUGGUUGUGCCUCAAAUGUGGUUUUCAGGGAUGUGGUAAAAACUCAGAAAGCCAGCAUUCACUGAAGCACUUCAAGAGUUCAAGAAAAGAGUGGCAUUGUAUUAUAAUUAGUCUGAGCACAUGGAUUAUAUGGUGUUAUGAAUGUGAUGAAAAAUUAUCAACGCAUUGUAAUAAGAAGAUUUUGGCUCAGAUAGUUGAUUUUCUCCAGAAAUAUGUUUCUAAAACACAAGCAAAUACAUUUUCAAGAAUCAUAAAAGUUUGUGAAGAAAAAUGUGAAACAGGUGAAAUAAGGAAGGGAAGAAAAGGCAGCAAUGUAAUAUCUGUGAAGGGAAUUAUGAAUUUAGGAAAUACAUGCUUUUUCAAUGCAGUCAUGCAGAACUUAGCACAGACUUACAUUCUUACUGAACUGAUGAAUGAGAUCAAAGAAAAUGGUACAAAAGUAAAAAUAUUUCCUUCUUCAGAUUCUCAGCUGGAUCCAUUAACAGUGGAGCUUUCAAGUCCUGGGCCACUGACCUCAGCCUUGUUCCUGUUUCUUCAUAGCAUGAAGGAGUCUGAAAGAGGACCGCUUUCUCCUAAAGUUCUUUUUAAUCAGCUUUGUCAGAAAGCCCCUCGAUUUAAAGGUUUCCAACAGCAGGACAGUCAGGAGCUUCUUCAUUAUCUGCUGGAUACAGUAAGGAUAGAAGAAACAAAGAGAAUACAAGCCAGCAUUCUAAAAGCAUUUAACAAUCCAACUACUAAAACUGCUGAUGAUGAAACGAGAAAAAAAGUCAAAGCAUAUGGAAAAGAAGGUGUGAAAAUGAACUUCGUAGAUCGGAUAUUUAUUGGUGAAUUAACUAGCACAGUCAUGUGUGAAGAAUGUGCAAAUAUCUCCAUGGUGAAAGAUCCUUUCAUUGAUAUUUCACUUCCUAUUAUAGAAGAACGGGUUUCAAAGCCUGUACUCUUGGGAAGAAUGAAUAAAUGCAGAAGCUCACAGGAGAUAGAUCGUGGUCAGUACAGUGGCACUGUUACUGUAGAAAAUACUCAUCAAUCCAAAACCACCAAGAAGCAUUCUUCAUCUAAAGAUAAAAAUCAACUAAUUCAUGACAGAAAAUACAUAAACAAAUUGUCUUCUGGAGAAGAGAGAACUGUUGUCAUAUACCCAAAACAUGAAAACCUUGAAGCGAAUGGGAAUUCUUCAGUGUGUUUUACAAGCAUCACGAAAAAUGAGUCAACUCUGAUUGAAAGCCCUACCGAUGGCAGUGAAAAAGAAGCCAGCCGUUCUGAAAGCAGUGUUGAUGCUGACAGUGAAGCCUCCGAAUCUGAAAGUGCUUCAAAGCAGACUGUGUUGUUUAGAUCCAGUAAUGUGUCCUAUGUGCACACAGAUGGACCUAUUCACCAUCCAGCGAGUGAAUUGCCAAACACCAAGGAAGCUGACAAUAGUGAUGAAGGAAUGGCUGAUGCUAUUUCUGAACUUCGUUUGAGCAGCACUGUAACUGGAGAUAGAGAUCUUGACAGAGAAACUCAGCUGCUAAAUAUCCCAAAUAAUUUCUGUUUUUCAGAGGAGAAGCAUAUGAUGUCUCACAGCCCCCAAAACGCUUUUCAGACCCUCUCUCAGAGCUAUGUAACUACUUCUAAAGAAUGUUCAGUUCAGUCCUGUCUUUACCAAUUUACAUCUAUGGAAUUACUAAUGGGGAAUAACAAGCUUCUAUGUGAAAAUUGUACUGGAAAGAAACAGAAAUACCAAAAGGAAACCAAUUCUGCAGAAAAGAAGGCAGAAGGGGUUUAUACUAAUGCCAGGAAGCAAUUGCUCAUUUCUGCGGUUCCAGCUAUCCUAAUUCUCCAUCUUAAAAGAUUCCAUCAGGUUGGCUUGAGUCUUCGCAAAGUGAACAGACAUGUAGAUUUUCCACUCAUGCUUGAUUUAGCACCAUUCUGUUCUGCUACUUGUAAGAAUGUAAGUGUGGGAGAUAAAGUUCUUUAUGGUCUCUAUGGAGUAGUGGAACACAGUGGCUCAAUGAGAGGAGGCCACUACACUGCUUAUGUGAAAGUGAGAAUGCCCUCUGAGAACUUACUGGAACAUAUCACCAGAAAGAAAAAUGUACCUGGUUUGAAAGAAUCUGAGAGUGAAUCGACAGGACAGUGGGUCCAUGUUAGUGACACUUACGUGCAGGUGGUUCCAGAAUCGAGAGCACUUAGUGCACAAGCUUACCUUCUUUUUUAUGAAAGAAUAUUUUAA